UGUGAAUACAAAGCGAUAGCGUAGAAAAAUGUCGGGCAAAAUGUUUGGGAAUUUCCGAGAGCGACUUCAGCACGUUCAGCACGAUUUUUCCGCGGGAUUGAAAAAUCUGACGGACAAGGCAAAAGAGGUUGGCAAACCAGGACUGACCAGAGAACGGUCAAAGAAAAGGGAUUUGGCUGGCGCAGAACUACUAUACAGGUACAAGGAGUCCUGGAUGCACAUGCACAAGAGUAUAGAGGAGACAGCAGUGGUGGGAGAGACUGUGGAUACAGAGGUGUGGAAGCUGGUUGAGAGAUACGAGGGACAGGCCAGGGCUCUGUCUCAACUACACUCACAACUGGAGACUUUUCCUGGGCUGGUGCAAGAACUCAGCUCUAUCACAGAAAUGGUUGCUGGGCUGUCCUCAGACUUCGAACAGGUGGAACACCUUCUGAACGAACUAGAGAACGUGUGCGAACAACAAGAGAUGCAGGCCAACCAAUCAGAGCACAGAAACAAGCUGGCAUCGUACCGCCAGGCCAAAGUGUUGGAGAGAGAAAACCUUCAAGUACAACUAGACUUGGUGUACCUGCGUAAGGUACGUGAGAUGGAGUUCAGCCAGCAGGAGCGUCUUAAAGAGAGACACAAGAUGUUCCAAGAUGCCUUCAACGAUGACCUUCAGCACUACAAGUUGUACGGAGCACGGUCUGCUCUUCCUCAUGCAAGUGGUGCCUCAGCAGAAACAACAAGCAACACAGAAGAGCUGUCAGCCUUGACCUUGGAUGACAUCAUGGACCAGAGUGAACUUGACAACUUCUUGGGACCAAUGGAUGACGUGGGUGAGGUGGGAGUAGAAGCAGAAGAAGAGGAGGAGGAGGAAGAAGAAGAGUCAGACAGUGUUACUACAGAUACGGAGGGAACUGACAGUCAAGCGGAAUCUAUUGAUGUCACCAGGCAAGAUGUGACCCAAAUGUCAGAGUUCACUGGGUCAGAGGUCACUGGAUCAGAGGUCACUGGGUCAGAGGUCACAGGGUCAGAGGUCACAGAGACAGAACAACAAGAUGGCCAAACAGAUACACAGGAGCAAAACAACUGAAUACAGCCCUGCAUAGACAAUUUUUAUGAAGCAACAAGCAUGUUUUGGUUACGUUAGAAGUUAAAGCUAUAAUUACAAAUGUUUCUUUCCUCUAAGUUUUUAGCUCUGCUUUCUAUGAUUAAUUUUGCUUUUUAGAAUGAAAUUUUCGUCCAUACAUGUAUACUGUUUCCUUAAGGUAGAAGAAAAUGAGAUUUUGAAAAUAUGUAAUUAAAAGAACUUAUGUAAGAUUUCUCAUUUUUAGUUAUACACAUGUAUGUCUACAUACUUAGUCUGAUCAUUUAGAAAUGUUGAUUCAGACUCAUUAUUGUUGCAUUACAGUCUUCUCAUAGAUGCUCCAUACGUAUGGUUAAUGUAUAGUCAUUGUGAUAUCUAGAAACAAUUGGGCUAUAGAGAUACAAGUUGUGUAAUUCUUAAUAGAAGAAAUGACAAUGAUUUAAACUGGGAGUAAAACUCUUUAUUUCAAAGUUCAGGUGAAUAGAAAGAUUCACUGUAAAACACAACAGUUCAUUCAUCAUUUUAGAUAUAAAACUCUGGUUUGAAUGUUCACUUGAGCCCACUUCAGGUGAAUACACCAAUAAAAGAAAUAUUUCAUUUCAUUGAAAACAGUAUGUGUGUUACCAGUGCCUCCUUGUGACUUUGUGAUGAAUUGCAUACAGCCCUUGGCAUGUAUCUCACAAACAUAGGCAACAUAACACAUAAGGUUUCAACAGUAACGUCAUUACUUCCCCUCUUGCCAAGCAAAACCCCAAUACUCUCUGAUGUAAGAUACAGAAGCGGUGAUCCAAAAACGCCACCUUGCAACUUGAAGCAGCAUUACAGAAGUGCACAGUUUGGUGAUCAGAACGCUUUAGAAAACGUGUAG